AUGGCAUCUGGCCAAGAGAAGCAUAUGGCAAGGGAGGAAGGGCCCACUGCACCUAAUGAGGUGGUGAACAAUGCUGCUGAGAUUGACCUCAAUCAAGAUGAGGCAAUGGCUGACAUUGAGUUGGAUGAUAUUGAGGACUUGGACCCGGACCUUGGAGAUGAGCAUAACCAUGGUGAAGCUGAGAACCAUGAUGAAACUGAGCACCAUGGUGAAGCUGAGAACCAUGGUGGCGCUGACAACCUUGGGGAAGAGGAUAACACCGGUGGAAAGGAGGCCACUGGUGAUGAAAAUGACUUCAGUGAGGGUGAAGGCACGACUUAUCCUAUCUCCGAGGAGAUUGUCCAACUCCAGGCUAAGGUGGCAACUCAGAAUAUCACCAUCCUGCAGCAGCAGACGUCCAUUGAUGGACUCAAGAAGCACACUCAGAACCUCGAGGCUAGACUGAGCAUUACCAUGAAGGAGGUUACAGAGUUCCGUCGCAGCCUGGGCACUAAAAAACGCCAAAUUGAGUGGCUUCUGAAGACUUGCAAGAAUCUGCAAGCAUCGUUCAACAAGUUGAAUGAGCAGUUGACACAUCUUAGGAGAGAGGGUAUUUACGAACCUCCUCCUGUGCGUAGAUCCGCUCCUGCUGCUCAGCCGGCACCCGCUCCGCCUGCACCCCCGGCGGUAGGUGCUGCGACGGCUAUGCAUCAGCCACCUCCAACUGAGACCUCGCCCUUUGGGUCCCUCGCGGCGCCUCUGCCUGAAUUUAACCAUAAUAGGACGGAGGUGCAGCCUUGGCUCGACCUGGUGGAUUCCACCAUGAUCCUUGCAAAUGUGCGCCCCGAGGCUCGCAUCACUGCAGCUACUCGUGCGUUGGACGAGGUGGCCCGCUGGGCCGUGUAUGGUGCUAAGAAGCAGGCACAGGGACCGUUUGAAUGGCCGGAGUUCUGCACCGCGCUGAAAGAGGAAUUCAUAGUCAAAAAGCCCGACCUGGAACUGCGCGGACGCCUUGAGCGUAUCAAGUGUCAUGACUGUUCGGGCCUCCCUGUCAACCUGCAGCAUGCACACAUGACCGGCGGCAUGACCAAUUGGACUACUUACAAGGAGAUGAAGGAGCAGGUGAUCAAAACCGACAACAUCAUUCGCACGUACAUUUUUGGCCCCGAAAAGACAAGCCUGCAGCCCCGUGCUGAGGGCUCUGGUGGUCAUGGGAACCGGCCCCAGAAUGCGAAGGGUGGAAGCGGUUGGAACAAAAGGCCUUUCCAAGCAGCGUGA